AUGGACACCACCCUGAGUAUAAUCAAUAGUUCAAGGUUUCAAGUGUCUGAGUUCAUCCUGAUGGGGUUCCCAGGCAUUCAUGAGUGGCAGCACUGGCUCUCCCUGCCCCUGGCUCUCCUCUAUGUCUUAGCUCUUGGUGCCAAUUUCCUCAUCUUGAUCACCAUCCAAUGUGAGCCUUCUCUGCACCAGCCCACGUACCAUUUCCUUGGUAUCCUGUCUGUGGUGAACAUUGGCCUGGCCACCACCAUCAUGCCCAAGAUCCUGGCAAUCUUCUGGUUUGAUGCCAAAGUCAUCAGCUUUCCUCAGUGUCUUGCUCAGAUGUAUGCUAUCAACUCUUUUAUGAGCAUAGAGUCAGCCAUUUUUCUCUGCAUGGCUGUGGAUAGAUACGUAGCUAUUUGCUAUCCCCUUCAGUACACCUCCAUCAAAGUCAAUAUCUGUAUACUCAAAAAUGCUCUGUUGACCAUCCCACUGCCUAUAUUGGCUACCCAGUGACACUACUGCUCCAAAAAUGAGAUUGAUAAUUGUCUGUGCUCUAACUUGGGUGUCAUCAGUCUUGCCUGUGAUGACAUUACCAUUAAUCGGUUUUAUCAUUGGGUUAUAGUUGGAAGUGACAUGGGUUUGGUCUUUACUUCUUAUGCUUUGAUUAUUUGCUCAGUGAUGAGGUUGAACUCUGCUGAAGCAACAUGUAAGGCCCUGAAUACCGGCAGCUCCCAUCUCAUCCUCCAUCUCUUUUUCUACACAGCAAUUGUUGUACUAUCUGUCGCCCAUCUGGCUAGAGAAAGGUUUCUCUUUAUCCCUAUUCUCCUCAAUGUGCUGCACAGUGUCAUUCCCCCAGCCUUGAACCCUAUGGUAUAUGCUCUUAGGACCCAGGAGCUGAGGGUCGGCUUCCAGAGGCUACUGGGUUUGGAUGAGAAUGAGUCCAGGAAGUGA